UUGCGCUUGCCGUAGAGUGACGUAUUUCCUGAGAGACCGGCUGUUGUGUGAGCGAUGGGUCAGAGCCAGAGUGGGGGACACGGGCCAGGGGGAGGGAAGAAGGAUGACAAGGACAAGAAGAAGAAAUAUGAGCCACCGAUUCCCACCAGGGUUGGGAAAAAGAAGAAGAAGUCGAAGGGACCAGAUGCAGCCAGCAAGUUACCUUUAGUAACCCCUCACACGCAGUGUAGGCUUAAACUGCUGAAACUGGAGAGGAUUAAAGAUUACCUGCUGAUGGAGGAGGAAUUUAUCCGAAAUCAAGAACAGAUGAAGCCUUUAGAGGAGAAACAAGAGGAAGAGAGAUCAAAGGUUGAUGAUCUGAGGGGGACACCAAUGUCUGUUGGAACCUUGGAGGAAAUAAUAGAUGACAACCAUGCUAUUGUUUCUACAUCUGUGGGAUCAGAGCAUUAUGUCAGCAUUCUGUCCUUUGUAGACAAGGAUCUGCUGGAGCCGGGUUGCUCUGUUUUGCUGAACCACAAGGUCCAUGCGGUCAUUGGGGUCUUAAUGGAUGAUACAGAUCCGCUAGUCACGGUCAUGAAGGUGGAGAAAGCACCGCAGGAGACCUAUGCUGAUAUCGGCGGUUUGGAUAACCAAAUCCAGGAAAUAAAAGAGUCGGUGGAGUUACCUCUCACCCACCCUGAGUAUUAUGAGGAGAUGGGAAUCAAACCUCCAAAGGGAGUUAUUCUGUAUGGACCCCCUGGUACAGGCAAAACUCUGCUGGCCAAGGCGGUGGCCAACCAGACGUCCGCUACGUUCCUGCGGGUGGUGGGGUCGGAGCUCAUUCAGAAGUACCUGGGCGACGGUCCCAAGCUGGUCAGGGAGCUGUUCCGAGUGGCCGAGGAGCACGCCCCGUCCAUCGUGUUCAUUGAUGAAAUCGAUGCCAUCGGGACCAAGAGGUAUGACUCGAACUCCGGCGGAGAGCGUGAAAUUCAGAGGACGAUGUUGGAGCUCUUGAACCAGCUGGAUGGGUUUGACUCUAGAGGAGAUGUUAAAGUCAUCAUGGCAACAAACAGAAUAGAAACCCUGGACCCAGCUCUCAUCAGGCCAGGAAGAAUUGAUCGUAAAAUUGAGUUCCCGCUGCCGGAUGAAAAGACCAAGAGACGAAUCUUCCAGAUCCACACAAGCAGGAUGACUCUGGCUGAUGAUGUAACGCUGGAUGACUUAAUUUUGGCCAAAGAUGACCUCUCUGGAGCAGACAUAAAGGCAAUUUGCACGGAAGCUGGAUUGAUGGCGUUAAGAGAGCGCAGGAUGAAAGUGACAAAUGAAGACUUUAAGAAGUCAAAGGAAAAUGUUCUGUACAAAAAACAAGAAGGCACACCAGAGGGACUCUACCUAUAAGACCUGAAAGAUUUUUUUGACUUUGCAUUCUUUACGUGUCUAUUAAAUACAUCAAUUACUCUAAAUGUAUGGUUAUAAAAAGCUAACAUGGAAGCUGUUUUCCCUGAAUCGCAGUUUUGUUAAGUUUGCAUGGAGGAGUCUUUGUUCAAACAGACUGGUAGCCAUUUAUUCAAGAUCAGCCUAUUCUACAAUAAAUUGUUUCAUUUCAGAAUAA